AUGGUCUAUCGCCGCCCCGAGUCCAUCCCCCUACCAACGGUGUGGCACCGUUUCACAGCACGCGGCACAAAAUUCAGGGUCCAGGAUCUUAUGGAAGAGCAGGUGGAAACAGCAGUUCAGCUCCUGGUUAAGUACUUUAUGGCUGAUGAGCCACCAUGCAAGUAUAUAGGUAUCCACAAAUACCCAACGGCACAAGCGAAUUUGGAGAAAUUGUGGCGUGAUACCAUUAAAGACAAGUUGUCUCUAGUUUGUGUAGAAGACACAGACAAACCGACAAACAUUAUCAGCGUCAACGUGUUAACAGUAGCUUCGAAUGACGACAAAGAAGAACCAUUCAAAAGCGAAGACAAGAUCUGGGCCAAGUUAUUCGGCGCUGUUGACAUGGUUUCCCGUGGCGUCGAUAUCUUCGAGCGUUUUGGUGUAAAUCAGUACUUGACAGCUUAUGGGCUGGUGGUAGACCCAGCUUGGAGAGGCUUGGCGAUUGGCAAGGAGAUGCUUCUUGCGCGUAUACCGCUCUGCAAGGCCUUAGGCAUAAAAGUGACGGCGACAGUUUUCACGGCCGCAGCGUCGCAGUCUGUGGCCAAAAAGGCGGGAUUCCAUGACGUUUUUGUGAUGACGUACGCAGAGUUGGCGCGAAAAGGCUUCAAUUUUCCCGGCAUUGAAGAAAACACGACUUGUUCUAAAUUAAUGGCUCUUGUUAUUGAAUAA